AUGCACAUGUUGACGCAGUGUACCUCAUCCUUUACCUGCUUGAAGCCAUAAUGGUGCUGAGUGACACCCAACAUGCUCUGCUGACCCAGUCCAUGGAGAAGAGGAUCCUGCCCCAUCAGCGGGACCUGGUACGGAGCAUCCUGGAGCCCAACUUCAAUUACCCCCAGUGCAUUCCCUUCACCCUGGACCCCCAGCUCCUCACCCCCCUGCAGGAUGAGGGUGUGGCCAUCACCUAUGGGCUGCUGCAGGAGUGUGGGCUGAGGAUGGAGCUGAAAAACCCCAGGUCCACCUGGGAUCUGGAAGCCAAGGAACCCAUGUCUGCUCUGUAUGCAUCCCUGUGUCUGCUGCAACGGCUGACAGAGGCCUGA